AUGGCCAUUUACAACGCCAAAUACGAAUUCACUCUGCUCGAAAUAGGUGACACUGGAAGCAAUAGCGAUGGUGGUGUAUUUUCUUACAGCAAAAUUGGUGUAGCUGUGAAAAACAACAGUUUGAAAUUUCCAUGUGAAAAAUCAUUGCAUAACUUCCAGGAAGAAUGUCCUUAUGUUAUGGUAGCAAAUGAGGCUUUUCAACUGCAACGUCACAUACUGAUACCCUACCCAAGAGAAGUUGCAGUUGUUGCAGAAAGAAUGUUCAACUACAGGUUGUCACGAGCAAGACGGACAAUAGAAAAUGCCUUUGGGAUCCUACCUGCACGCUUCAGGAUUUUUCGACGUCCAAUACAUGCUAGAGUUGAAAUGGUUGUCAGGAUAACCCAGGCUGCAGUGGUCCUUCAUAAUUAUCUAAUGAGGGAAUGUGCAUGCUCUCAUGGAGAGAGUUAUUUUCUCAUGGAACUAAUUGACAAAAAUACAAAACAUGGCACACAACCAGUGCGGUGGAGGGAAAUAAUACAAGGCGACAAAGGCUUGCAAUCAGAUUGUAGAGAUGGAUCAAACAACUAUUCUCGUAAUGCCAAAAAGUUAGAGAAUAAGGCAUAA